AUGUCGACUCCGUCACUCCCGGCCGGUACGUCGUUCUUAGGCUACCCCGCACGCCCUACGCGCCCGACCUCUACCGUCCCUUCCGGAUCGACCACUCCCUUCACGUUCAUCUCUGCCCCCAGUCCCGCUACUCCGUCAGAAGCCCCGGACUCGAGACGAACGAAGAAGGCGACCUCCAGCGACCGCACGGCAACCGUCCCCGGACCUUCGUCCUUCGACCGGACGAGUGAAGUUCUUCGCUCUCCGUCGCAUGCGACUGAAGCCGCGCGGUCUUCAACUCAGCCAGGACCGUUCAACAGCUUCUUCACGGGCUCCGGGAGCCGCGACAACGUGAGGAACUCCUCGCUUGACGUGCCCGCCACCCCGUACCGUGAAGAUAGCAGCUCUAGCACGGCUCAGCCGGAACCGCGUACGCCCCGACGAACUGGUCCUUCUGACCCUACCAAUCUGGCGACGCCCGGAGCGUCCAAGAUCCACAUGCCCGUACCCGACAAGCCCUCUCCGUCCAUUCUUAGCGGGGUCGGGCCCCAAGCUACGUCCACGCCUUGGCGUCCUUCCUCUAAGAGCGAACGAAGCUCGCCGAGCCCACCUUCCUCUUCGGACAUGCGUCAAACCGCCAAGGAAGCCGUCGACCCCGUUCAUCUUCGGGAUCUGCUCGACGAUGCCGGCCUGUUCUUCGCCCAUCUUCGCCGCCCCGAGGAAGCCCAACGUAUCUACCUGAGCCUUAGCGCUCCCGAUGCUCUCGACCGCUACGGUUCUCUAUUUUACGAAGGCAACUACUUAGCGAACGAAGAACUCGAGACGGACGACAUCCACGACUCCAAAAUCGUAGAAGACAAGGAGUCCCGCUACAGCCUUCUAGUCAAACAUCAACGUCGUACGGAGUACGUAGUAGAAGGGCUCGAAGUCCUCGUGAACGCCAUGCUUCGAUUGGAGAGUGCAACCCGUCGAUGGAAGUCUGACCACGCCGACGUCUUGAUGAGUGCGCUGCGCGGGUCCUCUUCAAGGGGAAUGGUUUCCGACGCACACCGAACUCUUCAAUACCGCGUGGCAAAAGCGCUCACCCUGAUUCACCAACGACAAGCUCUACAUCGCGGACAUUCGUACCCUACCUCGGUCAAGUCGACGGCUUCGGACUUUAGCAUGGAGCUCACCACGUCCAAGACCAAGCGCGAAAUGCUCGACAAGUGGUUGAAGAAGCCCGAUGUAUUCCCCAACCUAACCCCGGAAUACCAAGAAGUCGUACUUCGCCGGAUUCAGGCCGCUCAGAACGACGAGGAGACGCCUUCACUACCUCACAUCGCGUUCGAGCAACGUUUCAAGAUAUUACCGAACUCCCUCCUAGUGGACCCGAUAGUGCACAACGCGUCCAUCUCACAGGAUGAGCUCGACGCAUCUCUUCGAUCGAUGGCGUCUCCAGAAGUAGUCGAGCAAGAACUCACUCAAGGCGUCUCGUACACUACUGACGAGCCCUCUACGCGCUCUGAAGUUCCCGUACGCACUCCUCUCCCUCCGUCCAACGUCGAUUCCCGCCCUCGCUACACGAAUCGUUCGAGCUUCGGCAAUCCUAACUUCGGUCUACCGCCCGCCCAAAAUGAACCGACUCGUCAUGUACAGUUCCAGGAACCCCCGCCGAAGUCUCAGCCCCACCACGUUCAGUCAAUCCCGACUGCGCCUCCUGCCAACGAACGGCGGUCUUCGGGCCCUUGGAAUCGAGUCGACUCAAACGCUCUUCCCGAUUUCGGAGCCGCUCAAACCGUCCGGGACGCAGUAUUCCCUCAAGGUCAACCUUUAUCCUCCAUGCACCCCCAACCAGCCUGGCGUAUGGACUCUCCGUACCCAGGCUUUCAAGGGGCGCAACGCGACCUACCUCCGCACAUGCCUCAAGCAACCCCUUCGGUCUCCCAAGCCCCAUCUAACGCUGCCAAGGGGACCACAGACGAUUACCUCCACUACUACGAUGUUCCUCCUACCGGGCAAUUCCCGAACCAGUCAGACCCUCCUAAGUACCCGGAGGACUCUCACGGCAACUACGGAAGGGGACCCCCAUAUGGCCCACCUCGAGGAAACGGCGGAGGCGGGGGCGGAGGCGGCGGAGGCGGCGGAGGCGGCGGUGGAGGUGGAGGUAGUGGGGAGGAGGGAGCGGGGAUUCUCCUCGUCCGCCGUGGAACUGGGGCCCUUACCCUUUCCAACCUGCGGGAGGAGGACCACCAGGCGGAGACCCGCCCCCACCGGGUAGCUACGCCUACGGACAACUACCUAACGGUCAACCAGCGAUUAUUAUUCAUCAUUCUCCCGCGCCUCGCGAACAAGGGCGCGCGAGAGACGCAACUUGACGAAAUCGCCGCGGUCAUGCAGAACGUGCCGCCGACCUGGUCCACCGUCCUGUCCCUCGACUCCAUCAGUACUAUCCCUGCUCUCUUGGCCAAAGUAUCGGACAAGAAGGACGAGCUCAUUGCGUUCGCUUCCAUGGCCCCUGCAAACUCGUCCCAAUACGAACAAGUGUUGAAGCUCCCUGCGACUAAGAAAGAGACCAGGUCGUUCAUUCGAACGCGUCGUGCCUUCGCGGCCGACGGCUUCGGAGGAGGCUUCGAAUUCGAUGUGGACGGCGAGGACACUUCGACCUCCCUUCCAUCGGGAACCGUAGCGAGUGAAGGAUUCGCUCCUACGGGUCAAGCCGAGAACCCUGCUACGGAUGCUCAUGCUGCAACCGUUCAGAAUCAGAAGGCAUCCUCGAACAGACCUCGCGGCGCGGGACGGAAACCUCCUCGGCUGGUCCUCGAUUCCCCCGGAACGAUUCAGUCAAGAGCAAGCGUGCUCCGCCCGGCGAUUGCAGAGGACUGUCCUCACUGGAACGAAUACGAUAUUGGACGAAACGCUUUACUCAUCGGCGCGGAACACGACUGCGACGCUGAAGAGAACGAGGAAUACAAUCAAGCCUUCGUCGCCUAUAUCUGUAGUAGCUUUAACAAUGCGAGACUUUCUAACGCUUUGUGGGCGGACAUCCGUCGUUCUGAAGGCGAGUAUCUCAAGGCUACCGUCAGCCAACGUCGCCGACGCUCGCCCGACGGCGCCCCCGGAGCUAAGCUCGAAGGUAUGCUGGCGGAAGCGUUGGCCGCGGAUGGCUCCACCCAUCACUUGUACGACCGUGAGGCCUUUGCAGGCGCAAAGUCUGCAGCGAGUGAAACGUUCGCUCCUGCAGACUCUACAGCGAGUGAAGCUUUCGCUCCUGUAGGACGUGCGGAUUUCUCCACACUCCUGCCGUUCCGUACCUAUACAGGCGGAUUUCAGUCACCACGAUCCUGGUUCAUCGAGAAGACUGUACUUGGCCAGCCCGACGGGUCCUUCCUCCUCACCACUCCUACCAUCAUCGACGCUAAGCACGUUUGUAUCCCGAUCACCAACCCCACGGACCGUCCCUACAUCGUCAGACAGGGCGAACUACUUGGGCUCCUGCACGACCCCGCCCAAUACUUCACACAGAGCACCCCGAGCUCGAAGCCCACGCUGCGUCCGUCCAAGCUCUCAUUCGCGGCGCCUCCGAGACGUCCCAUGAGGCUGAAGUCGUCGAAGAAGAUCCGAACCAAGUCGAAGAGCAGUGGGGUCCUAAGACAGCGGAGCUGCCCGAUCCCGAGACGUAUCCGUCAAAUCAACUUGAAGGAAUCCUUGACAUCGGGCCUGAAUGGCCAGCCGAUGAAAAAGACAAGUUGGUUCGCAUGCUCCACGACAACCAAGCCGCAUUCGCGUUCGACGGACGACUUGGCCAUAAUCCCGCUGCGGUCGAAGUCAAGACAGCACCGGACGCCAAACCUAUCUCCCUGCCCAUGUACUCCGCUUCGCCCGCUAAGCGUGAUGUAA